AAUUCUAACCUGCUUACUUUCAAACAUCAAAAUCUCUUCUUAUCCAUUCAAAAGUAAACUAAAAACACCGAUCAGAUCAGAAUGCAGACAGCCAAAAAUGCAGCAGCGUCCGUCAAGGAAACCGCCGCGAACAUAGGUGCCUCCGCCAAGUCCGGUAUGGAAAAGACCAAAGCCACCCUACAAGAAAAGGGCGAGAGAUUGACUGCACAUGACCCGACUCAAAAAGAAAUGGCGACGGAGAGAAAGGAGGCGAAAAUAAACCAAGCGGAGUACGAGAAGCAGGUGGCUCUAGACCAAAACGCCACACAGAGACAGGCCACCGAAGCCGGUGGUACGAACACGUACUCGACCACCGGAGCCGCUGGUAAUCCAAUGGGGAGCCACCAGAUGUCAGCCUUGCCCGGUCAUGGAACCGGGGAACCGGCUGGACAAGUAGUGGAAGGGGUUGUUAGGUCUCACCCCAUUGGAACCGAUACCCGUACCAGGACGGGUCCUGGUACAACUUUGGCUGGACAUAACACGAAAACCGGUGGAGGUGCGGGUGGAUAUAGCACUGGCGGAGCAUAUCGUUGAUGGGUUUUUAGAGGGUUCUUGAUUUGUGUGGUUUUUUCUAAUAAGUGUUUUGUGUUUUGAAGUUGAAAGUUCGCAUUGUGUCUAAUGCAAAUCAUGUUUUCUAUCUGAUGGAGUUGUUACCAUAUAUGAAAUGGUAACUAUGCUAAUUGGUUCUUAAUAUUUUGUGGUUAUGAAUAAAAUUUGCCCAAACUCUUUUUUAUCAU